GAGGCCAAUCGCUGAGAGGGGUCAACUUGCGCUCCGCAGCAUUGUAUGCCAAUGGCUGACACAAGGCAGGGAGCGAAAGUUCCGUUGCUAGAAUCAUGUGAAAAUAUACACAUCAACAUCAAUUUCAUUUGGAUUAUGCACUGACCACAAAAAAGCCAAGAUGCCUCUAGGAGCUGGGGCUAUCCUCAAGGGGCCGACCUGGCUGUUCUGGAUGAUACCAUUUGCAUGCUUCUCCAGUGUGCAAACCCAGAUGCAGCUCCCAACCAACCAGGAAAAUUUUAGAUUCACUUACCAGAUGUACAAUGGAACUAUUCCAGAAAAUGCCUUGGGGAAGGUCUAUAUCAAAACUUCAGACAAGAUGGGUAUCUUUUUACACAAUCCAUCAUCAGUCAGUGUGGAGUUCACAAUUAUAGAAGGUGAUAAGAAUGGCAUCUUUCAUGCAGAAAGCACACAAGAAGAAGAUUUUUGUUUUUUGAGAGUUCGCACAAAAACUGGUGGUUACUGGAGGCUGAAUCGUGAGCAUAAGCAUGAAUAUCUUCUCAGGAUUAAAGCCAUUGGCAGUUAUGUUACUGGCACAACCUUGGAAACAUAUGCUGUCCUGAAUGUCACUGUCCUGGAUCAGAAUGAGUUCAGCCCCCUUUUCCCUUCAAAUCCUUUCAGUGUCAGCAUUCCAGAAGACACUGCCCUGUACUCAAGCAUAGCUGUAGUGAAGGCUUCUGAUGCAGAUGUUGGCAUAAAUGGUGAGAUCUACUACAGUUUAGUUGAACCAAGUCUGAUGUUUGCUAUUCAUCCAACAAGUGGUGUUGUCUCUCUCAUGAGGCCCCUCUCUCCUGGAACAAGAAGUUAUGAACUUGAAAUUCAUGCUGAGGAUCGAGGUCUAGUGUCUGGUGAUCGAGUGGUGUCUCCUUUGAGUAAUACAAAGUUGAGGAUCAGUGUUACACUUGUGAACAAGUAUGCACCUGUUAUUACAGUUCAGAAACACCAGGCUCUUGUUGAAAAUGCAAACCUGGGAACCCUGUUUGCUGUAUUGAAGGUUACAGAUGCAGAUGAAGCCAUGAAUGGUGAGAUUGGAGAGGUGGCCAUUGUUGAUGAUGUAAGAACCUUUCGCAUUGUUCCAUCCACAGACAGUUCUGUCUUUAACAUAAUUGUUGCUGGCGAGUUGGACAGAGAGCUAAUGCCUUCAGGUUCAAAUCUGUCUGUUUUUGCUGUAGACAGGGGAUCUCCACCAAGAACAUCCACUGUGGUUAUUCCAUUUUACAUUGAAGACAUGAAUGAUAAUGCUCCAGUGUUUGUUAGGGACCUGUACAAAGCUGAAGUGUCAGAGGCAGUGCCAAUAAAAACACCAGUCAUUUUUGUGCAUGCUGACUUAGAUGAAGGAUCAAAUGCAGACAUCGUCUACAGCAUCCAGGAAGGGGAAGGAGCAUCUUUUUUCUCAAUUGACAAGCACUCUGGACUCAUAAGUACAGCUGCAGAACUGGAUGCAGAAUCUAUGAGUCAGAUCAUCUUAUCAGUGACUGCAACUGACCAGGCUAAUGCUGGCACCCAGCUGUCAUCAAAGGUGAAGGUCAUUAUUGCAGUUUCUGAUUUCAACGAUAAUGCUCCAGUCUUUGAGGUCAUUGAUACAGCUGUUUAUGUCAGUGAGAACUUACCUAAAGGUACCUUAGUUGUGAAGGUGAAGGCUACAGAUGUUGAUUCUUUAGAGAAUGGGUACAUAAGUUAUUCCAUAACAAACCCUGGUCCUGUUCCGUUUGAUAUCAACCCAUUUUCAGGAGAGAUCACAACAACACAGGUGAUGGAUUUUGAAACCAUGAAGACUAUGUACAAUCUUCGCAUCAGGGCUUCAGACUGGGGUGCACCAUUUAGACAAGAGACAGAAACUAUAGUCACUGUGAAGGUUCAGGACACUAAUGACAACAGUCCAGAAUUUGAAAAGACGCGUUGCAAAGGAUACCUGUCAAGAGAGGCAGCAGAAGGAACAGAGAUUGUUGUAUUAACAGCCAUUGACUUUGAUGCAGGAAAUAUAAUCUCUUACAGCAUUACAGAAGGCAAUGAAGAUGAGUGUUUCUCCAAUCCCUCCACUGGUUCUGUUCAGCUUGCUUGUGAUCUUCAGAGUCAUCCUAAUGAUUCACGGAUACUAACGCUAGUUGCCAGUGAUGGUGAGCACUUUUCAGUCCCUGUCACGGUGUCCUUGACCCUUGUGAAUAAUAAGCGCAGUCAGCGCCUGUCAGCAGCAGAGGUUAGUGUGUCAUGUCAAGAUACUGAUGUCACUCGCCGCUUGCAAGAACAGCUUCACUUGUCCAAAGAGAAUAACAGAGGUGAUACCACCAGUUUGGCUCUCAUGUUUCAACAAUUGCAAGUAGAAAAUGUAUAUGCCCCUCAUUUCGAAGGAAAUAUUUCACUAAAUGUCACAGUGUCUGAGGAUGUUGUUGUAGGGAGUGUCAUCUUCAACUUUUCAGCCACUGAUGAAGAUAAGGGUUGUAAUGGCCAGGUCCUGUAUGUUAUCACAAAAGGAAAUAUUGGUGAUGUCUUCAAAGUAGAUUCCUUCACUGGCAGUCUUAAAGUCAUGUCAUCGCUGGACUUUGAAACAGUGUCUGAAUACAACCUCACAAUUUUGGCCGAGGACCUUGGAAAGCCACGCAAAUCAGCAAUACAGACAAUCACAAUAUUUGUGGCAGAUGUGAAUGACAAUCAUCCUGUAUUUGAAAAAGAUCAGUACAACCAAGAAAUAUUUGAAGAUAUUAUUAUAAACUCUACUGUUAUACAGGUCAGUGCAGUAGAUAAAGAUACUGGUCGCAAUGCUAAGCUUGAGUACUCCAUUGUUUCUGGUGGCGAAGAUUUUUUCAUUGAGCCAAAUACUGGGAUUAUAAGGGUGAAGAACUACUUAGAUCGGGAGAAGCAGGCAGAAUACAUUGUUUUGGUUCAAGCAAAGGAUUUAGGACUGAAUCGCAGACAGUCAGCAACAACUUCGGUGAUAAUUGUCUUGAAAGAUGUCAAUGAUAAUUUUCCAGAAUUUGUUCCUAAAGUGGUGACAGUUCGAGUCAGAGAGGAUUUUCCUGUUGGCACUGCCAUCACAACUUUGACUGCCCAUGAUAGUGAUGAGGGUGAAAAUGGAACAGUCACCUAUAAAAUGAUUGAUGGGGCGGACAACAAGUUCUACAUUGAUGAGCUGACUGGUGUGGUGCGAAUCCUCAACAAGUUGGAUUUUGAAACAACUCAAGUUUACAACUUAAGCAUCCGAGCAGAGGAUGGUGGUCAGCAGUCUUUGGCAUCCAUGUGCUUGUUGAAUGUGGAGGUUGUGGAUGUUGAUGAGAAUCAUUAUGCUCCAGAAUUCAGCAGCUUUCUUCUGAGUGGAUCUGUUGCUGAAAAUUCACGAGUUGGAACAUAUGUCAUGACUGUGCGUGCACAAGACAAGGACACUGCUGACAAUCCUGGUGAGAAAAUUGUUUACUUCAUCCGUGAUGGAUCGGGACUUGGAAGAUUCUCCAUUGACAACAAUGGUGCCAUCCGCACGAGCCAGGUACUGGACCGCGAGACGUCAUCGCACUUCUGGCUGACGGUGUACGCCCAGGACCGCGGUCUCGUGCCGCAGUUCGCGCACGUGGAGGUCCUCAUCCGUGUCGAUGACGUCAACGACAACGUACCGCUGAGCGUGGAUCCGGCCUACUACGCGUCGGUGGUGGAGAACAGCCGCCUGAUCCAGCAGGUGGUCAAGGUAACGGCCACUGACGGCGACCGCAGCCCUCAGCAGGCUCUGCACUUUGCCAUCACCGGCGGCAACCCCCAGAACUUCUUUGAGAUCGACAGCGUGAGAGGAAUUAUCACCACCACGACUCGGACGUUGGAUAGAGAAAGACAAGACGAGCAUGCCUUAGAGGUCACCAUCUCGGACAACGGCAACCCCCCGCUGUCAAGCUCCACCCGCGUGGUCAUCAAGGUGAUGGACGAGAACGACAACCGCCCCAAGUUCGUGGACCGCGCCGGGCGCCUGACGGUGCUGGCGGAGACCAAGGGCAGCCACGACAUCCUCGUGUACCGCACGCUGGCCUACGACGUGGACGAGGGGCCCAAUGCCGAGAUCACCUACACGCUGCGGUCCACGCUGGACGACCAGUUCUUCAUCAGCAGCAGGACCGGCGAGAUCUUCUCCCGCAAGGACCUCGUCGCUGGCCAGAACUUCGACCUCACGGUGCGUGCCGCAGACCGGGGGGCCGACAACCUCAAGACGCAACAGAAGAUCGGCAUCAGCGUGGUGGCCCGCCCAGUCACCUCCCUCGCGCCCCCUCACUUCCGCCACACGGGCCUACGGGAGAGCAUCACGGAGAGCGACAAGCCGGGCCAGCUUAUCGUCCUGCUGUCAGCUGACGACGCCGACAAGGACCGCCUGUACUUCGCUAUCACAGAUGGCAACGAGGACCAGGUGUUCACGAUCCAGCCCAACCAUGGCAGCAUCCUCCUGGCUCUGCCCGUGGACUGGGAGACACGGUCCAGCUACAACCUCACGGUCUCCGUCACUGAUGGCGUGCAUUACGACUUCACUUGGGUGUAUGUGGAUGUGCUAGAUGUCAACGACAACGAGCCUGUGUUUACACACCAGCUGUACCGUGCCUCGGUACCCGAGAGCAGCUACUUGGGCCAGCACGUGGUGCGCGUGUCUGCCACAGACAAGGACAAGGACAGCCGCCUGCUGUACUCCCUGGUGGCCGCCGCCAGCACUACCAGCCUGGCCAAGUUCAAAAUGCCAGAUGAGAGCAAUGGUGUGAUAAUGGUGUCGGAACCGCUGGACCGUGAGGAAAUGUCGAGACACCUGCUGACAGUCAUGGUGCGGGACCAAGGCGUGCCGUCCAAGAAGAGUUUUGCACGCGUGGAGAUUGAAGUCCUGGAUGACAAUGAUCACGUGCCCCGCUUCCUGUCAGAGAAGUUUGAGGGUCGCAUGUUUGAGACAGCCGCGGUUGGCACGUCCGUGCUGCAGGUGGUGGCCGUCGAUCAGGACAAGGGGAGCAACUCUGAGCUGACCUACUCCAUUCUGUCUGGUAAUGCAGGCAAUACCUUCAGCAUUGAUGAUCGACUGGGCUUCAUCUCAGUGGCCAGGCCGCUGGAUCGAAUGGUACAGGCAGAGUUUAACCUGGUUGUUCAGGCAGCAGAUCAUGGCCAGCCAUCAUUGUCCAGCACAGCUGAUGUUCAUAUCAUUAUCACAGUGUCAAACAAUGCACCACCUAAAUUUUACCUGACAGAGAUGGCGACUGAGCUACAGGAAAAUAUGCCCAAGGGAACAGUGCUUCAUGCCAUACAGGCUGAAAGCCAGUCAACGGUAGUGUACACUGUUGCUGAUGGCAAUGAUUCUGGCUGUUUCUUCCUUAACCCCAACUCUGGGGUCUUGUCUACUGUCAAGGUGAUUGAUUAUGAGGAGCACCAGUUUUUCAAUCUGACCAUCCUGGCCACAAAUAUUGUGGGUGCAACUUCCACUGCCUUCAUUCUUGUCCAUAUUGGGGAUGAGAAUGACAACCGUCCUGUGUUUCAAGCCAGUACAUUCUAUGGCAACAUCACAGAGUCUGCAAAUGCUGGCUCUGUGGUUCUUGAUGCACUUGGCUCCCCCUUGGUCAUCAAAGCACAGGAUGCUGAUUCUGGAGAGAAUUCACUCUUGGAGUAUGAGAUUUUGGACCAGGAGGCCAGGCGAUAUUUUACCAUUGAUGCCAGUACUGGUGCCAUCAAGACAGCUGCUUCUCUCGACCAUGAGACGAUAGCUGUGUUUAAUUUUAGUGUCCAGGCGGAUCGAGGCACACCACAGCUGUCAGCCAGUUACCCAGUGCAGGUUAUCAUUUAUAUAACAGAUGUUAAUGAUGUGCCUCCACGCUUCACAGAAAGCACCUACCGUGCAAAGGUUCUGCUGCCCACCUACAAAGACGUGUCAGUAGUGAAGGUCCAGGCUACAGAUCCUGACACUGUAAACAAGUACCUCAUCUAUAGCAUUGCUGGUGGUAACCAAGGUGGAGUCUUUGCUAUCAACCCUCAGAGUGGUGCACUUCAUGUGGAGCAGACUGACAACUUGCUGGACAGGUAUGAACUGAAAGUUCAAGCAAGUGAUGGGCGUUUUGACACCCUGGCAAGUGUGGAAAUUGUUGUUGAAGAGUCUGCAGACAGUGGCAUCCGGUUUUCAAAGGAUUUCUACACUGCUUCUGUGAAAGAGAAUGAUAACAGUAAACAGAAUCUAGUGGUUAUUCAGCCUGUUGCAGAGUCCCUAAACCACCAGUUUGCAUUUGGUCUGCUGAACAAUCAUGACAUGUUUACAGUUGGAGAAACAUCAGGUGUUGUGCAGACCUUGGGAGUACCUUUUGAUCGAGAACAGCUUGAUAACUACACCGUAGUGGUUGAGGUGAAGGACUCCAACACCAGCAAGGUGGCACAUGUGGUGCUAGUGGUGGGUGUGGAGGACCAGAAUGACAACAGCCCUACUUUUGUCAAGCAGCCUUUCAUGAUUGUAGUGCCUGCAGAUGCGCAGCAUGGCCAGAUCAUUCAGAAGGUGACGGCUACCGAUCCUGAUCUGAAAGAAAAUGGAGAAAUCCGCUAUUUCUUGCCUCCAGAUUUAACUGACAAUGGACGUGAUGCUUUUGCUGUCAACCAGUACACAGGGGACAUUGUUGUCCGACAGUUGACAGAAGAUGACCACAACACCCACUAUGUUCUGACUGUAGUGGCAGUUGAUAGAGGUACCCCCCCAAUGUCAACACCUGUCCAGAUACCUAUUCAUGUGGUGGAUAGUUCUAGUCCUGUGUUUCCAGACCAGCAGACAGAAGUGAGAAUCCCUGAGAACAUGGCUAUGCAUUCCCCUGUUCUAAGUAUUCAGGCUGUCAGUCCUAAGGGCCAGAAGCUAAUCUACUCAAUCUUUGAUGGUGACAAAUAUGGAGACUUUGCAGUAGACUUUAACACAGGCCUGAUCUCUGUUGUUGGACAGCUAGAUUAUGAGAGUCAACCUAGGUAUGAGCUGGUUAUCCGAGCCAGUGAUGUCAACUCAGCCAGUUACACCGACACACGUGUCUAUAUCUACCUUGAGGAUGUAAAUGACAACCCUCCAGUAUUUGAGAGCCUGCGCUACACAGCUACAGUGUCCGAAGUAGCACGGGUAGGGACCUCGGUCUUACAGGUGUCUGCCGAUGAUGCUGAUAGCAGUGCAAAUAGCUUGUUGCACUACAGCCUGUCACCAGUGUCACCAGACAGUCAGGAUGCACAGUUUUUCUACAUCAACGCUGAGACUGGUGCCAUUUUCUUACUCAGGCCCCUGGAUCAUGAGCAGCAGGCUGAGUUCCGGUUUUUAGCAGUAGCUACUGAUAGUGGCAUGCCUGCCAGAAGCUCAUCUGCCUUAGUUCACAUCGUAGUCCUCGACAUCAAUGACAAUCCUCCAGUCUUCCUCCAACCCUCCUUCAGCUGCUACAUCACAGACCAAGCCCAGCGCCGACAGCUGGUCACCAAGGUGAUGGCUGAGGAUGCCGAUGACUCAGAUAAGGGCAGACUGUCAUAUUCAAUUAUAGGUGGAAACGAAAAGCAAGCAUUCACCAUAAAUUCUACUUCUGGAUUGAUAACAGUAUCUGAACAACGCAAGCCUGACUUCAGCCCAGCAUAUGUGCUGAGUGUUUCUGUGAGCGAUGGAUUCUAUACUAGUUUUGCUCGAGUGUCUAUCACAGUUCGAAACACAAACAAGCACACUCCAAGAUUUUCAGAAGAGACAUACUAUGUAGAAGUGUCAGAAAUGCACCCAAAAGGGAAAACUGUGAUAGCUUUAUCAGCUAUGGAUAAUGAUCGAGGAAACUAUGGCAUGCUGACCUACACUCUUCCAAGUCAGCACAUGGCAGACAUCUUCAGCAUUGAUGCUGACACAGGUGAAAUCACAACACUUCAGAUUUUAGACCGAGAAAAGACCAGUGGAUAUGAAAUGACUGUAGCUGCAACAGACAAUGGAGGCAGGAUGGGCUUUGCUACUUUACAGAUUGUUGUGAAAGAUGAAAAUGACAACAUGCCACAUUUUCUUAUGGAAGAAUACCGUUCCAACAUUCAUUUCAAUGCCACCAUUGGCACAUCCAUCAUACAGGUGAGAGCAGUUGAUGCAGAUUUAGAUGAGAAUGGCCGUGUACGAUAUGUGAUUCAUGCGGGUGAUGAUACAAGCAUCAACCAGCUCUUUACCAUUGACCCAGACAGUGGAGUCAUUUCAGUGCAAGCAAGUCUCUUAUUUGCAGAAGGGAAAAUGUUCCAGUUUUUUGUACGAGCACGUGAUCAAGGUGUUCCUUCUUUGGAGAAUCAUGUCCCUGUUGAGAUCCUGGUCAUGGGAGCUGAAGCAUUUCCUCCUCAUUUUACAAGCAACCAGCGCUCUUACUUUCUUCAGGAGGAUGAGCCUGCUGGAGGCAUUAUUGCUACUCUGCGUGCCCAGAGCACCCGACCUGUCUCCUACUCCAUCGUGCCUGGAAUGACCAACAGCAGCAAUAGGUACCAGAUGUUCUCUAUUGAUGAUUUUGGACAGAUCCGGAUCCUGCGGCCUUUAGACCAUGAGACAACACCAGCAUACACACUGUCUCUUCGAGCCCAGACACAGACCUCACCACCUUUGGUUGCACACAUGGAGCUACUGAUUCAGGUGCGGGACAUUAAUGACAACCACCCAGAGUUUGAAUCCAGUCCGUAUACAGCUACAGUGGUUGAGAAUGCUGAAGUUGGAACCAGCAUCAUCCAGGUAAGAGCACGAGAUGAGGACCUCCCUAGACAGUUGGAAUACAUUUUUGGAGAUGGCAUGGAGGAGCUAGCCAACAUUUUCACUGUGGAUUCCAAGACUGGCUGGAUCAGUCUUUUAACCAAGUUAGACCGUGAAGCACAGGAGGAGUAUGUCUUGAAGAUCAUUGUUGUGGACUCGGAUGAUGCAAAUAGAAUCAAUGGUCAUGGUGUGCAGCUGAGUGCAACAACCAGUGUUGUUAUCACUGUCACAGACUACAAUGACAAUAGUCCUACAUUUGAUAAGCCUGUCUUUGUCACAGCUGUCAAUGAGGGGGCUCUUCCUGGAACAGUUUUGCUGAAGGUGACUUCAACUGACCGUGAUAUUGGUCCCAAUGCUGAUGCAGCAUAUCACAUAGUUGGUGGCGACCCUUUUGGUCAGUUUCAGAUACAUUCCACAGGCGAACUGUUUGUCAGUAAACCACUGGAUCGAGAGAGUCAAGGGAAUUAUAAGCUGUCACUUGCAGCCACUGAUGGAGGGUUUGUUGGAUACACUGAAGUUUUGGUCACCAUACUGGAUGACAACGACAAUGCUCCCGUCUGUGAACAGUCUUUUAUCCAGAUUAUUGAAAAGGAAGACUUGCCACCUGGAAAGCCAAUUGGCCACAUCAAAGCAUCUGACAAAGAUGAAGUAGGCACAGCCAAUGCAGCCAUAAGGUUCACAUUAGAUGGCGAGGCUGAUAGGUUUAUGCUUGACAGAGAUUCAGGUGUCCUGCGAACAUCCAUAGCUUUAGAUCGUGAAACAAAGACAGAUUACACCCUGGUAGCUACAGCAAGAGAUGGUGGUGGCCUGUCGUGCACCACAGAUAUUCAGAUUUUCUUGCAGGAUGUCAAUGACAACCCACCAACAUUCACAAGCAAUUUCCAGGACACUCUGACCAUUCAAGAAGAUGCAAGGGUCAACACAUUACUUACCAGAGUGACUACUGUAGACAGGGAUGCAGGUAUCAACCGCAACACCCAGUACCGCCUGGAGUCAGCAGGCCUAAGUGUGUUCAGCAUAGAUCCCAAAAGUGGAAUUAUCAGCCUUGUUAGACCACUAGACCGUGAACAGAAUCCUGAAUACAACAUUACAGUCAUUGCCUACAAUGAGAUUUCACCAGAGUUAUCUGCAACUUCUGUUUUGCGUGUGGUGAUUCUGGAUGUCAAUGACAACCCACCCACAUUUGAACGCACCAGCUACUAUGCAUCCAUCAGCGAGGCAGCAACAGUAGGGACUGAGGUAGUUCGUGUCUGGGCAACAAGUCUAGAUAUUGGUGCUAAUGCUGCAAUCACAUACUCAAUUGCUGCUGGCAAUCAGCAAGGAAAAUUCAGCAUUGGAGCAGACAAUGGUAUCUUAAAGGUUGCGGAACCUCUGGACCACGAGCUAGCACGAGAAUACUUUUUAACCAUUUUGGCACGUGACCAUGGUUCACCUCCACUCAGCAACACAGCCAUCAUCAGUAUCAACAUCACUGAUGUCAAUGAUAAUCCUCCCCGCUUUAGUCAGGAUGCUUACUCCACUGUGGUCAAUGAGAUGAUUGCAGAAGGAACAGAGGUGUUCAAAGUGAUGGCAACUGAUGCAGAUAGCCAUGCUAACUCCAUCAUCACCUAUAGCAUAAUUGAUGGAAACCCCACAGGCAAUUUUGUGAUUGGUCCAAAGGAUGGCAUCAUUCAGAUCUCAUUGCCCCUCGACAGAGAAAAGAUCAAUCGCCACACACUAGUUAUCCAGGCAAGGGACUCAGGCCAGCCCAUGUUGUAUACUACUGCAGUGAUUAACAUAGCAGUGGAAGAUGCUAAUGACAAUCCACCUCGUUUCCAAAAUGAAACCUACGCUGCUCAGGUCCAGGAAGGACGCCGCACUGGCAUUCAGAUUCUCAGGUUUACUGUCACUGAUUCUGACACAGAAAAUAAUGGACCACCAUUCUCGUUUGACAUCAUUUCUGGUAAUGGUGAUGGAGCAUUUCACGUGGAUAACAAUGGGGUGCUGUCUACUUCAGGCAAACUAUCCAAAAAUGUCAGAGAAAAUUAUGAGUUGAUAGUGCGAGUGUUUGACAGCGGAACACCACCACUCCAUUCAGAUAGCCAGGUUUCCAUUCGUGUCGUUGAUGACAGUCUGUGGCCGCCUGAGGUUCGAAACUUGUCCAUCCACAUUAGUUCCUGCAUGGACUUUUUUCCUGGUGGUGUUAUUGGCCAGAUUGAGGCACGUGACCGUGACCCGUAUGACUCCUUGUCAUUCAAUAUCAUGUCACUCAAUAGACACUUGUUUGAUGUGCACCGUGACGAUGGUCGCCUUAUUGCCUUGACGGGACUUGAUGAAGGAGAGUACCUGGUGAACAUAAGUGUCACAGACCAGAAGUUUACUCGAUUUGGACAGGUUCUGGUUACAGUAGUGUGUAUGUCUAAAGAAAUUGUUGACAAUGCAAUCACUAUCCAGUUCGCUAACAUGAUCCCAGAGCAGUUCUAUGCUAGUUACAAGAAGGAGUUUCAGCUGUUCCUCAAACAAAAACUCAGCGUACGUCUAAACGAUGUUGAAAUAAUAAAUGUUCAACCAUCUGCUGAGACCAUCCACACCAGUAACAGCAACAGACCUCCACGUAGUGCUCCUGAAAAUGACCUAGAUGUUCUCUUUGCUGUUCGAAAAUCUCCAGAUCGCUUUUUCAAUAGGAAAUCACUGAAAAGAAGAAUUCAAAAACUGGUUGAAGAAAUAGAAUCCAGCUUGGCAGUGCACGUGCUACGUGUGUUUAGUGAUGUAUGCACACGUGUGACUUGUGAGUCAGGGACAUGUGUGGGAAGCGUUGUCUUUGAUGACAGCACCCUUGUGCCAGUAGUGGUGAAUGGUGAAAGCUUUGUUUCUGCACGCCAUUACUACACUCACCAGUGUGUUUGCCUUGGAGUGGAAGAUUGCCAGGCAGCACCUUGUGGGGAAUCAUUUUGUCAGUCAUUCGAAGUCUGUGGAAAAGAUGUGUUUGGGGAUCCAGAAUGUCAGUGCCCUGAGGGUCGCAAUGGGCCACAGUGUCAGAAUGUAAUCUCUCUGUGCUCAGGCAACAAGUGUGCAGUUGAGAGACCUCUGACAUUCUCUGGCAAAAGCUAUGCCAAGUGGAUUCUGGGAUAUCCAACCCAUAAGCGCAUGGCCUUGUCCUUGCGAAUUCGGACUCGCCAGUCAACGUCUGUCUUGAUGUAUGCCAAAGGACAAGUGGACUAUAGCAUUUUAAGUAUUGAAGAUGGGAAUCUUGUCUACCGAUUCAAUUGUGGCAGUGGAGAAGGUCAGGUCUGGGUCCCCGUUGACCUCAGUGAUGGUCAGUGGCACAGUAUUUCUGUGGAUCGCAUUGGGCGUCAGGCAGAAGUCAUCUUAGAUGGUGCCUACACAGCCAUGGGACAGGCACCAGGUGUUCAUGACAGCCUGAACUUGGAUUUGGAAGAGGUGUACUUUGGUGCCAAAGUUGAUGUUUUGUACAAAGGUUAUCAUAACAUCAGCAAAGGGUUUGAAGGCUGCAUGGAGGAUAUAAGAAUGUUCAACGUACCAUUGCCAUUCACUGGAAGCAAUGACAUUGCUCACUCUCAAGAAUUUCAGGUUGUGGAGUUCCACUGCAAGGACAGUGGACCUAAAGUUAUGCCUCCCUUAGACAAUGCAUGCAGCAGCUCCCCAUGUUUGAACGGGGGCAUGUGUCAGCUGACGGGCUUCAACUAUAUUUGUGUGUGUCGUGGACGGUACAAAGGCAACAAGUGUGAAAUCGACCCUGACCCUUGCGAAGACAGUCCAUGUCAAAAUCAGGGUCAGUGCAGGGUUGAUGGAGAAGCACCAAAUGCAUUUACCUGCCGUUGCCCUGGUGACCUCUUGGGAAUGCGCUGUACAUAUGGACUGAAGUGUCACCCUAACUCUUGCCAACACGGGGGUACCUGCAUUGAAGGCCCCACAUCAGCCCUCUGUCAUUGUGCACCUGGCUUUGCAGGUCUCUACUGUGACAAGUCUGUGGAUGUAUGUGAAUCAGCACCUUGUCAGAACAUGGGCACCUGUCAAGCUAUGGGUGAGGGAACAUUCCAGUGUAACUGUCUCAGUGGUUUUUCUGGCUCAUCAUGUGAAAACCUCACUAGCACCGGUAAUGUCCAGCUGUACUGUAUAAUUGCUGGUGGCACUGCAGGCUUUGUGGUUCUUGUGGCAUUGUUUGUGGGAUGGAGAUGCUGGAGGAGGCGGAAGCGAGCUCGUCGACGUUCCCGAGUCAAUCGCAACAUUGCUGACAGUGGCAAUGAAAUGUUACUCAGUGGUCUGGCCAAAGAUCCACCAGAGUUGAAACGCAAAGUCAGCAACCCAGACCUUAGUGUUCCUGUCCACAACAUUCCUUCCCAGCCACCCCCAGUGCCAAAUCGACCUGCAUCCUACACUCCCAGCACACAUGACUCCCUCAAUAUGCUCAACAAUCUGGACUCAGUUCGGAACUAUGGGAGUGCCGCUGAUGAACUUCAGGUCACUGGCCUCCGUCACCACAUUCCAGACUUCACAGAAUACCUCCAGUCUUGUGCAUCAACAUCAGCCCAACAGCCUCGCAGUUCCAACACCUUGGUGGUACCUGUAUUCUCCUGUCCACCCCUGUCUGUUCCUGGCUCAGACACAGAAUCCAUCCAGAAGGCACCUUGGGAGUUUGAAUAUCCCAACAUACUGGGCAACUAUGAAGCUGAAGACAAGAAGCAUCAUGAUAACAUGGCUAAACGAAUGCCUGGACUCAACUCCCCACUCAACUCCCCAACUAUCAGCAUGCGACUCCUUGGACGCCAAGCAGCAGGUGGUCCUGAUGCUAUAUCAAUCAGCAGUCUUCCAGUCUCUGAGUCUGAAGAUGAUUUAAAUGAGGUAUGGGUGUGUAGGCCGAUGACAGAUAACAAUUUGUCACAGCCUCACCCAGAGUUUCGUUCCACCUGGCAACAUGUGCCAAAAGGCUUCAGCUUGGUGCAUUGGUCCCCUCUUGUUCACCAUUGGGACCAGGGCUAUCACUGGGAUACUUCAGACUGGGCACCUCGACCCUCACUGCCUAACAUCAGUGAGAUUCCUGCAAACGAGGUGGCUGAUUCAUCAUCAGGAUCAUCACCACCAAGUUUUGAUUCAAACGACAGAGUUCCUGCAGCAGCAGCGGCAGCUGCAGCCAGCCUGCAAGCUUUGGUUAAAAGUAUACCGCCUGCUCCAGAACCAGAUUACAUGGAAGACUCAGAGUAUGUUGGAGAUUCUGAAUACGCCGAAAAUGAGUUUGACAUCGAAGAUAGGGAUGACAUGCCACCUAGUUAUGCAGAACUACCGAGCUAUGAGCAGCUGCUCUCAUUACGAGAUCUGAAUGAGAGUUAUGAACUCCCACAGAGCAUGAAUGUGCACCCAAAUGAAUACUUACCCGAUUAUAACUACCACCCACAGUAUGAUCAGGACAGUCUCCAGGGAGAUGGCAUUCUAACAGAAGAAGACAAUGGCAAUGUCAGUGAUGAGCAAAAUGCUGAUGCUGAUGUUGCAGUGGCACAAACCGUGGCAGAAAGAACAGCACGCAGGCAGCCCCCUGGACGUGUCUUCAUCUCACCAGACUACGUGACUAGCGGGGAGUACACCACAGACUUGGAACCAGCCUCACGUACAUCAUUCAUUGAUGACAUGAGCAUGAGCGUGGGUGGCUACACAUCAAAUGCUUCAUGUUCAGACAUUUCUGGGUUGUGUGAGAUAGAAGACAGUGAAAUCAAUGCAAGUGAUGAUGAGUCUGGUGAUGAUGACGAUGAACAUUCCCCUUGCCUUCCAUCUUACUUGCAUACCCAGGUGUGAGCCAGCAAGGCUUUCUGUACAUUGCAUCCAGGGCAGUGUGUACAAGCCCAUUCUACAGUUCUGCAUCUUUGUCCAUGCGAAAUAUAUUGGAAGUGAUCUGUUCUCCAUGUGAUCAUCACAUGCUCCAAAUGUUUCUGUUAUGGGAUGCUCAAAGAAGAAAACCCAUUGUGAAAUGUCUUCUGAAAGGGAGGUGGCAGAACUAAGAACACAAUUGUUGCAUCAAGGCAUCAUUUAACCAGUCUCUUCUUGUGCAUUGUCGUGGUGUGCAAGGCCAAUCAACAUGUUGGGCAGUGUCUUCAUAUAUAAGACUGGUGACCAGACGCUGGAUGAUGUCUGCGUGUUCAUUUUUAGACACAUGGCAGAACAUUUUUAUGGUUUUCUGCCUUGUUUGACACUGGAAAAUCAAAAAGAUUGAUCUACUGUUAAUGAUCCUUUGAGUAGCACCUGCAAGAAAAGUAUCUGAAAAAUCACUGGGAAUCAAGAUGUGACUUGUUCUUGGCUUAACAGAGUGUCAUGUUUAUUCAGACAACAAACGUCUCUCAACUUCAUUUGUUGCAAACAACAGUGUACAGUAACAGAUGGCUUCAUCAGAGAAGGUUUUUUUUGCAUAGAUAUUAUAGAUAAUGUGAAGAAAAACCAGAAGAUGCACAUCCUAGUACUAGAAGCUUUCACACUGUUAGUAUAACAAGUUGUUUUGAAGACAAGCUAAAGAGAACUCAAGAGAUAAGUCUUGGGACAGUUUUCACCCCAGGACUGGAUCAUAAGUUUUGUUCUUGUCCAUUUCCCACUGUUGUGAAAUAUGGGCUUUCUGUAUGCUUCCCUACUCCCCAUCCAACAAACUAAAUUGAUUGUUGAAAUUAUCUUGCCAGAGAGAUUGUGUCUGUAGUGAUACAAGCAAAGAUAUGUGAAGAGACAGCACUUUCAACAGAGCACUUUGUACAACAGAAAAAAAGAACAUAAAAUCAGUUAGGGCAUGCUUGUGCAAGAGAAAAUCUGAGACUGGCCUAUGGCGGUAAAAGUAGUUGGUAGCAUAUGAUGUGAGACCACAUAUGCUUAUUAUUUGGAAGUGGAAGAACUUACAUUUUCAAAAAUUGGUUGUCUUACAAGCUUUAUUUUUUCCAUAGCAGCAUAACUUGUGCAGUGGAUGUAAACUUCAUGAAGAUCUCAGCUUUAAGUGGACUUUUAGACAUGACAUUUUUAUGAGAACUAGGCAACUGGUUAUGGUUGUGUACAAAGUAUAAAUUUUACACAAGAUUUUGCACAAGAAAGAUUCUGUUACUGUUUAUGGUGGGUGUGGAUGGAAGGGACUAGGUAGUACAUCAUAGAACAGAGUAUAUGAAUACAGGAAUAGGCUUUUUCUGGCAUGUUUGAAUUCAUUACAGAAAGAUUGAAAACUAUGAAUAGCAGCUCUGAUUGCUGAAAAUUUUUAACUUCAAAUAUUUGUUAUUGAUUGCCUACCCAUUCUCUACCCUUUUUUUUUUUUGCUGGCUGUAUAAGUUUUAUACAGCAAAGAAAUGGUACAUACCAGCUAGUAAAUUGGUUAAAGAGCUUUUUGGGUUUUUUUUGUUUUGUUUGUUUUGUUUUAAACUUGAAUACAAGAGGAAAAGGCCUGAAUUGUUACCCUUGUAUAUUCAUGAAACAAAGAAGCAGUGGUGUACUUGUGAAAGAAUUCCGUAAUGUAAACCAUCUUCAGUUUUAGUGUCACUUUCCGUGAAUGGUUGAUUUCUCAGGUGAAGAAAGUGCUUUCAUUUGAAUAUGAUCUGUUGAUUAAACCUCAUUCAGUAAUGCAUUGGUACUGACUUGCAGUGGAUUGUUAAAAGUCAGGUUUUUUUUAAAUUGGCUGACUGCAGUGACCAAAACCAAGUGGCUUUAGCCUGUCGAGUUAUGUGAAUCUUUUUCUAAAAAUAUGCGAUAAUAUUUACAGGAAACUCAAUAGUUUUAAGAAUUGACUCAAAUGUCAGCUUUUUGGGUGCAAUUUUUUUCUGAGUAGGUAAAAUUCCAUGCAGUGUAGUGUUUCCUUAAACCUGUGUGUAUUCAACCUUGUCUGUUCGCAAGAUUGACACCUACCAACAUGACAGUGCCCAAAAAGAGUUCAAAAUCAGUGUUGCAAUUAACAUAUAUUCCCAGCUUAUCCGUUGAUUAUGGCUUUCACGCCAUAACCAUUUCCGUACUGUCUUGACAUAUUUAAAAUUGAUCUUAUUCUGUGCAUGGUGAUAUUUGUAGGUGUGUAUUGCAAGAGCAGUGGGGGGUUCACCCAGAUUUGAGGAAACUAUCAUGUAUAGAGCUUUGGGGAAAUAGUGUCUUGCUUUGAGCUUUACCCAAUUAUUAAGGAAAAUAUUAUGCACCCCACUAAUCCUUUAAUCAGCAACAUAUCCUUCAGAAGGCUUCCUAGAGAAUAAAAGUUGAUUACUUUUACCACCAAAUUCAUUCUGUUAGCUGAAAGGAAAAUUCAUUUUGAAAUAAAUGUACAAGCAUAAUUUGAUAUGUUAGAUGUCAGUAGAAGCGUGGCAGACUACUCAACCUUGUUCAAAUUUGUGAAUACAAUAUUUUCCUCGAUAUGUGUGAUCUGAUUUUAGAUCAUAUGUCAAAUAUAAAAUAAUAGCGAGUCUUUAAUUUUUACACCAUUAGGAAUAUUAAAGAUUUAUUUAACAUUAAAUGUCACAAUUGGGAUUGAGUCAUUAAAGUCAGCCUUCAGUACAACUAUUUUUAAUGUGUCUCAGCAUAUUUUUGCCAUGUCUUUCUUCAUUGUUUCUGUUGACAGUCUACUCAUGUAUGCUGCUUCUGAUGAUAAUUUUCUGUUUUACUUGGCUUUGUUGAGAGCCAUAAAUAAAUGUGUGAGUCCCUUUUUGAAAUAAUUUUUUUAUUUUAAAAUGUUUUUGUUCAUGAAUAGGUUGUGGACAGAAAAUGUAUGUAGGGACUUUUAGUAAUGGAUGGUGGGUAAAGUGUGUGGGACAAGGAGGCAUGGGUGUGUGUGUGUUUACAUGUAUGUUUGUGGGUGUGUACACACAUGUAUAUAUAUGCAUGUACUUUGGGAAGAUGAAACUGAAAUUAGUUUCGAUUCAGGACAAGAGCAUUUGUAUUUAUUGGUCAAACAUUUUAGUUGGUUGGCUUUUUAAAGCACUGUCAGUAGCAGUGUGUAUAGAAUCAACAUCAGAAAAGAGAUGGCUUGAGUUAAUUCCACUCGCUGGCACAUAUUUAAUUUGUUACACUUGUAUGACUACAUCAUGUUUUGGAUCUAAGCUGCUACUCCAGCUGGUAGAAAGCCUUGGAUCGGAAGACCUGCUGCAUUUGGUCAUAUUUGUUCUUACAGGAUAGAAUAAGAUAAGCAUUGCUUUUCCUGAUUAACCUAAACACUAUUUUGACUUCUUUGCCUUCCCAGAUUCCCUUAUUAUCAGAUUGAUUAAAAUGGUGGUAUUAGCAAUCAUAAUGAUCUGGGCUCAUGUUCCUGCAACGUGAUUUCUUGAUCUCGGUUUUACUUACCAUCCAACAUUUUUUGAGAAUUGGUUGUGACAAGUCUAUUGUACUUAUCUAUGUUUGUGAUAAAAAAAAAAAAAGCCUUUUGAAUGUUUUGAAUGAUUAUAUGCCAUAUUUUUUAUUUUUGCUCAGGAUUUGGACUUUCCAUUUUUCAGUAGAAAAGUGUUAUAUAUAUAUAGAAAGAGAGACUUAUAGCACAAACAUACAAAUUUUGAAGCCAGCACACUUGAAUAUAAUGAAAAUAUAUUUUUUAAAACAAUGCAUCUGAAGUUUGAUCUAAGUGACAUUAUUUGUAAAUGAAAAGAUAGCAGAAAGAGAAAACAUAAAGUCCUAGUCAUUUAAUUUAAUGCUGUUCAAACAAAUUGUUGAAUUUAAACUUUUCCCCAAUGAUUGUAGCUGUGUACAGCACAUAGUUCUCAACUUUUCUUAGCACAGGUGCAACAUGCUGUUUCAAGAAUUUGUGCCAGAUCAAGGUAUAUGAAGCAGGCCAACAGCAUGUGCACUUAAAAAUGUGACGGUCAUCUCAGAUUACAUAUAAUGUCUUAAAGGUCAUGUAGUUCUUGGCUGUGAAGGAAGUACAGCUUUCUUGAAAGUGUCUUUGUAAAAUUCCCCACAUAGCUGUUGGCUGUCUUCUCCAGAAAAUAAAAAAGUUAAAUAUUAUGGUGUCUUUGGGGAGCAGAUUUGUUUAUAUUUGAAGCACAGAAUUGCAGUGUUUCUAUUUGAAAAGAUCAUAAAGAGUACAUAAGGGUGAUCAAGACAGUUUGUCAAAGUAUUGUCGAUUUAGUGAUCACUUUGAGUAGGUUCCAAGCAUGGGUGGUGUGAAAGUGUGGGUGUUGACAGUUUUUAGCUGUAUUAUGAUAUCUGUAAAUAAUCAUGCAUUGGUACACUGAAUGGAGAAGUGAUUUGUGUCAAAGGAGAAAAGGCAUUUAAAAUCUAGCUCAUUGUGGACUGUCCCAGUAAAAUAAAUUACGGUUGGUGCAUUCAUACUUUGAUAUUGUGAUUAAAUUCCUUGAAGUCUA